UGCUUGCUCCUCUGCUUGCAUACCUUUUUACUAUCUACUGGCUCAUAUUCCAAUCCGUCGGUAGUGGAAUUGAUAUCUCUUCAGCUUUGCUUCUGCGGUUUGUCGCAGUCGCGCCGGCUACUGUCCGUGUCUCCAGAGAGAUUCACUCAGACUAUAUAUAAAGACCAGUCAACAUUCUCGAAAUUCACUGCGAUACCUCAUGUCCGAUACAGUCAACAAGAACGGCAAACGUCCUCAUGCAGACGGCGAAGAAGCCGAGAUAAAAGAGGCAGACGCGCCGUUCAAUGCACCCAGUGCUGACUUUAUCCUUCGUGCCUUCGAUAACGUCGACUUCCGCGUUCACAAAGUUAUCCUUUCCGUCGCUUCGCCGGUCUUCGAGUCCAUGUUCGCUCUUCCGGACUCCAAAACAGACACCCAAUAUUCCAAGGAUGGCCUCCCUGUUUUGGCCUGCCCCGAACCGGCGGCCGUACUCGACCCUGUACUCCGCUUUUGCUAUCCCACAGCUACACCAAUGUUGACGGAGUUGACCGCCCUGAUGCCGCUCUACGACGCUAUCGACAAGUAUUGUAUGGAAUCGCUUCUGAAGACAGUCGAAGCGGGUCUGAUAUCAGCCGUCGACCAAGACCCUAUGGUCGCGUAUGCGUUUGGAUGUCGCCACCACCUUCAACCAGUCAUCACGGCUGCCGCAAAAGCCUCGCUCAACACCCCCGUCGGAGAAUUGCCCUUUUGCCCAGAUCUCGAGCGUAUAACUGCUGCUCAGCUCUACAGACUGCACGAAUAUCAUCGCGCGUGCAGAGACGCUGCGAGUAGGGUUCCUACGUACUGGGUCGGCUGGCUAACGGUCGCGGAUAUCCCUCUCGGAGGCCACGAGGGUUGCAAGUUUUGUCGCGCGGAAAUAUCCCGCCUGGACAACUCAGUCCCCGGCUUCGUCUAUGACGGGAAAUCAAAGAAAUGGACAACGUUCACUCCAGUGUGGUUUUGUGAUUAUCUCAAUCUGCUCGAGAAGGAGCUAAAGUCUCGACCGCGCGGGAGUACGGCCAUGGACGGCAAGAUUCUAGAUACAUUUAUGCUAAGAGCAGCGGCAUGCCUCAACGUGGACUGUCGACGAGGGAUCACAGACCUGCUCGCUUUUUCAAAGAAGCUUGCUAAGAGGAUUGAAAAUGUUAUAGACGCCGUCCAACCCCCAUACUAAUUCAUAUAUUCCGACCUAAUCCUUGUCACAAUUUCAUAUCCGCAUGUUCAUCAUCUAUUCUGACCUCGACGAUUUGUGGCACACAUAUCUCGGCUUACUUCGAUGUAUCAUAAC